UGUGAGCAGCCAAGCGAGAUAAAAAUUGGAUCCUGCGAUCCACUGACCUGUAAACGUCCGGUCUAUGAGAUCAACCACUCUCGAGACAAGGAAACAUGUGAAUGUCAACCUGAGCAAAAACUAAUUGGAUCUGAAGACUGCUGCUGUCUUCCUUCUUCUCAACCAACCAAGACAUGCGUUGGCAAUUGUUUUGUAACUAUUCAAACUCAUGCCAAGUUUGAUAAAAUUCAGAAGAGCUGCAUCCGUACUGAAAGCGUAACUCGUCAGUGUCCAACUUUAAACAUCCCUUUUUUACCGAAGUGGACUAACGAACAAUUUUCCACUGUCAAAAACGCAGCUUGCCCACUGCCAAUAGAGGAGACGGAGCCAUGUGGUAGUGCUGGUGACUGUCUUCAAAGAGUUCGAAGAACUUACUUUGAAGUUGAGAACUGUCGCUGUAAACGACGACAGUCUAUGGAAACUCGCAACUGCUGCUGUCCAAAACAGACUGAAGGAAGUCAUGAGGAGACACCGUCUUGUCUUCCAGAGGAUAAUGUGCUUUUGCACCGAAGAACCGUCUACGAGAUGAUAAAUGGCAAGUGUGCUAAUCGGACAGAAAUUUACCGAGAACCAGUUCAGUGCCCACCUACAGGGGAAAAUAAUUCACAAUCGCUUAUUGAACAAGGGGACUGCGAUAAGACAACCUGCCUGAAGAAGAUCAGGGAAAGUAAAUGGGUUCUCAACAACUGUCGGUGCCAACAAGUCUUUAAUGAGCGUUCUGAAUCCUGUUGUUGUGAUCAAUUUCCUCCGAAAGUCAAAGAGAUGUGUAGAUCGGAUGGAACUGUUCUGAGGGAGACUAGAUAUUGGAAAAACAUAAAUGGAAAGUGCAAACCAGAGGUUCAAGUUGAAACCAUACCAAAGAUUGAAUGCCCACCAAGCCAAAUGCGUCCGGUAGGCCCGUGUGAUGUUAAUACUGGACGUCAAUCUGUUGAAAUUGUUAAAUAUGAAUUCAAAAACUGCAAAUGCCAACCAAUUGGUCGAACAGUUAAGGACCGUCAAUGCCGCUGUAGAGAAGACGAAAUUGAGCAAGGUUUGUGUGACCCUAGAACGUGUCUUCAAAAUGUCUCCAUUACUUCGUACGAGAGAGAAGGAGGAAUUUGUAAGGCACAGCCAGUGUUGCUAAAACGUCAGUUAUGCUGUUGUACGAAGGAUAAGUCUGAACCAAGUAUCACCCGUGAAUGUAAUAAGGAGACUGGGUCUGUUCAGGAAACUACAACUAGAUACGUCUAUAAUUCUGAAAAUCAUCAAUGUCAGCCACUCAAGACAAUUAAAAUAUUACCACCCGAAGAAUGUGAAAUUGAACCUUCAAUUAAACGUGGCGAAUGCAAUGAAGCCUCUGGUGUCGCCAUAGAUAUAUUAACCAAGACCUUCUUUGAUAAGGAAUCUUGUUCUUGUAAGAAGACCGACAAUCCAGUCCAGCGAAUGUGUGUUUGCCCUCCAGCUAAAAAAUCUCGUGGACCAUGUAGCUCUGAGACUUGUCAAGCCACUGUGAAAAUAACGGAGUUUAUUCAAGAGGGUUGCAAAUGCGUUGAGAAGCACUCAGUUCGUCAAGAGACGUGUUGUUGCCCUGAGCCCAGUCUCAAAGAGCAAUGUCAUGAAAACGGCUCUCUAUUGAUUCAGAGGCAUACUGACUACAAAUAUAACCCUCAAAAGAAGCGUUGCGAAUCAGUCACAAGAGUAAUUCGACAACCUGUCGAAUGUGAUCUGAAUCGCAGAGUAGAGAUUUCCCAACAUUGUGAUGAGGAGAAUUGUCUUCUGAGUAGUGUGGUUGAAAUGAAUACACUGGCAAACUGCAAUUGCAUACCAAAGCGCUUGACCAUUGUCGACAAUCAGAAACGGUGUUGCUGUCCACCACUGAAGGUGGUCUCUUCUUGUGACGCUGACCAGGGCAUUAUUACUGAAAUGACAACGUCCUACGUUCUACAAAAUGGUACUUGCAUUCCAAAGAAAGUUCAGUCCGAAGAGAAAAUACGUUGUCCUGAUUCACAAGUGAGUUUUGGACUCUGUGAUCACAAGACAAAGAAGCAAGAAGUGACUACAAUAUCAUAUGAGCUGAAGGAAUGUGAAUGCAAGAAAAGUGUCAAUAAAUCGACGCAGGGCUGUGGCUGUCCUGCUCCAAAGAUUGUUCGUGGAUUGUGUGAUAAUAAGACCGAAACGCGGGUUAUUUCCAGGAACUUCUUCGAACCAGUAAAUGGUGUCUGUGAAAUGAAAACCAAAAUUCUUCGAAAAGAACCCUGUGUGUGCCCACCACCAAAAAUCUCAAAGAGAUGUGAGGACGGAAAUUGGGUGACCGAGAGGCAAACUUUCACAUUAUCUGAACGCAAGGGAAUUACAAACUGUGUCAAGGAGACAGAAACGGAGAAGACGCCUGUUAGGUGUCCCCCUGCUGAAAGGCUUUCAACUGGCAAAUGCAUUCCCGAGAUGCACCAGAGAAAAAUAAACUUCCGCAAGUUCGUUUUAAACCCAUCAACAUGCAAAUGCAUUCCUCGGGUGGAAAGCAAAUUGGACGCUUGUGAUUGCCAUCGGAAGAACCGAAUAGAAACUAAAUGCAAUGGAAGUGAAUUGAUCACCAAUUCCUUUGAAUAUUUCUCCAAAUCUGAUGAUCAAACCUGUUCUGUAAAAAUUACGCAAGAAGUUAAACCCGCAGAAUGUCCAACUAACCGUGAGGUAGUGGCAACAGAAAACGGGGGUUGUACUAUCCGACGAGAAAAUGGAAUAUAUCGAACUGAGAUUACAAGAUGGAAUGAGUUGUCGAAUUGUGAAUGCUUACCAAGAGAAGAGGUUGCUGAAAAAUUAUGCGAAUGUCCCAAGCCGAAAGAAACAUCCAACUGUGAAGGCAAUUCGAUUAUAGUGACAGAUAAAAGUUACUUCCAUCGGCAGGGUGAAAAAUGCAUUAAAAAACAGGAAACAAUGCGAAGAAAAAUAAAUUGCCAAGAAGAUACUCGAAUUGUCGGCAUUUCAACUUGUGAGAAAUCACUUAACGAAACUGGGAGGUGCUUUGAAAUGAUAGAAGUUGAAAAGUCCUUCCCAGAAAAUUGUAAAUGCCAAAAGAAGACGCUCUCCUUUAAGCGUAUUUGCUGUGCUCCGCCGCCUAAGACAACCCGGAAAUGUGAUGGGAAGAAGCAUCAAUGGAAAAUAAGCACAACAAAAUUCGCUGUGGCACCAGGAGAACCAACUGCCGAGCUUACCUUCAGUGAUCCAGUUUCUCCACUUGUGGUUUUUGUGCGCGAUGGACAUGCUUCUAUUCGACUACCCUGA